AUGAAGAAGAGAAAGCAAUGUAUGCAAGAUACUGAGGGUCAAAAGCAUGAAGGGAUGGAAGGUGAAGAAAAUGAAGAAAGCUGUUCCUAUUCUACUUUGUUAUAUGACGGUGACACCUGCCCCAUCUGUUUGAACUGCCUCCUAGAACAAGAGGUUGGGUUUCCUGAGAACUGCAGUCAUACCUUCUGCAUGACUUGCAUUCUUAAAUGGGCUGAGACACAGGCUUCAUGUCCCAUUGAUCGCAGACCAUUUCAAGCAGUAUGCAGGCCUGGUGCAUUAGAAAAGCAGAUAAAGGUUCAGGUUAAAAAACACCUGAGAAGGAAGGAAGAAGAGGAAAACUGUGCCUGCAAUAAGGGAAAAUACAGCCAUGUGAAGAUGAGCUUUGUGAGAAGAGCUGUAUGUCCAGACAGAGGACCAUUAACAACCAAAUUGAGUGAAGUUGUGAAGAAAAAAUACAGUAAUACUUUGUAUGAGAAACGAGACAAGAAAGCUUUGUCUGUGAAGAUAAACAAGCCCAGAAGACAGACCUGCUGGAAUAAGUGCUUCAGAACUGGUUUCUUCAGCACGCUUCCAGCUGGUGGUAGCAAUGAAGAAUCCUUUUUCAGCUGUAGAAAUAACUGUACAGAAUUCACAGAAGUCAAUGCAGCAAUCACACAGAAGAGACAGGAGCUGGAAUUGUCCUGUUCAUCUGCACUUGCUCGAGUUGAAAGAAUUCCUUUAAUGUCUUAUGGAGCUGAAGCUGAGACUUUUCUUCUCACUUCUGCUACAGUGGCAGGGGUAAUUCUUCCAUCAAAUAUCAGGCCUCUGGAAAACUUUGAAUCUUUAGGCAAGGGAUACGCUGUCGCGUGUACCCAAGAAGGAGAAGAGAAAAAGCAAACUUCUGGUUCAUCUGGUGCUAGAGGAGGGAGGAGGAAAUCGGUUAAUGCUACUCCCAGAAGAAGGUCUGCACGGAACAGCAAAAAUGAGACUCUGGGUCAGUCUCGGAGCUCACCUCGGUCAAGCAGUUCUGCGUGCAGUGCCCCUGAGGGCAGUAACCCAUCUCUGAAUAAGUUUCCUUCAGAAUCAGAGAAGGCUCCUCCAAAACGGAAAUCUAAAAGAGCAGUUAAACAACAGACACCUGUGGUUAGAAAGAAACUGAGAAGUUCUGCACGUUCUGAAAAACUGUCCAGUGAUUCAGUAGAAGAUGGUGGCAUUGCUGAGUCUGAAGCAGUUCUAACAUUAGAUGAAGACCAACAGUCAGAAGAUGAAAGCAAUAAUGCAAGCCUUCCACAGAAAAGUAACUUAGAAACAGAGUCUGCUAAUGGACUGGAGAGCUAUAGUGAACAUGCAGAAGCUGACGAAACUGCAGGAGAAUGUGACAAAGAUGAAGAUACUUCAGGCAACACAAAUGUAAGUUUUUCUGUCCAAGAAUCUCCAGUACUAACUUCAGGGGCUGAAAAUCAGGAAUUUGAACUAAAAGGAGUUACUGAAAAAAAUGUACAUCUUAAGAAUCAGGACAUCUGUACAAAUACUCUUGAACAAAUAGAAACAGUAACUAGUCCCAGAGAUGAAGCAUGUGACCAUGCAACUUCUGAAAAAGUAGAUCAGACAUUGUGUAGUCCUCAAAAUGAAUUGAUGGAGGAGGUAGAAAAUUUGGCAAAAAUAGAUCAACCUGUAUCUAGUUCAGAAAAUGAACUGUUGGAACAUCCAGAACUUUUGGCAAAAGACCAGUCAUUAGAGAGCCCCAGAAGUGAAUUGCCUGAGCAUGCAGAAGCUAUAGAAAUAGAUGAUUCCAACGCUGAAAUAAAAACAGUAGUAGACUGUGCCAGUCCAAGUAUUCAAAAGUUAAAGGUUGCCCCAGAUGAAGAACCGGACACAUUAAUACACAGUCCUUCAAUGGACACUACAUCAGAACAAUCUUUAAAAGAGAAUGCCAUGCCAGAAAGUGAAGGGGAUAGAACUUCAGAGUCACCCCAGGUAAAUGCUGAACAAAAACAUUUUGGCGAAGAUAAUAAUGAAAUGAUACCAAUGGAUUGUGACUCAUUUUGCAGUGACCAGAAUGAACCUCAGGUUGAGCAGUUACCACCAGUUGAAAGUACAAAGCAAGGAGAAGUGAACUUUUUAGAAUGUGCUGUGGGAAACUGUCAGUCAGUUUCAGGACUUCCUGAUGAAAAAGAUGAAACUAUUCCUCAAGAAAGAGAAUGCCAGUCAGAAGUCAAAAAAGAUAAAAAGACUCGAACUAGGAAGUCUAGAUUUCACUCACCAUCAACAACUUGGUCUCCUUCUAGGAGAGAGGACAGGAAAUCUCAGUCACCAUCCCCUAAAACAGAGAUGACCAGACGCAGGAGCUCACGAUCUCCCAAGAAAGAAACUGUCAGGGAAGGAAGGAGAUCCUUAUCUCGGUCUCCAAAGAGAGACUCAGUCAAAGAUGAGAAAAAAACACUGUCUCGAUCUCCCAAGAGGGAAACUGUCAGGGAAAGCAGGAGAUCAUCUUCUCUGUCAAGAACUAAGGAUUCAUCUCCAAGGCAAAAAUCUAGAUCUCGAAGCAGUGAUAGAGAUAGUCAAAGGAGAGAUCGUGACAGAGAGAGGAGGAGUAGGAGGUGGUCUAGGUCACGUUCACGUUCUAGGUCAAGAUCACGCUCUAGGACAAGAAAUAGAGGUUCUUCAUUCUCUAGAAAUGAGAGGGACAGUCAUUCACCUCGAUGGAAAGAGAGAUGGGCAAAUGACAGCUGGAGGAGUCCCAGAGGAAAUGAUCGAUACAGAAGAAAUGAUCAAGAAAAACAGAAUGAAACUCUUAGAAAAGAGAAGGACAAUACAGAAAAAAGUAGUGAUGAUCAAUAUUCUUCUGACAAGCGGAAGAAUGAUUGUCCAGACUGGGUAAUGGAAAGGAUAAAUUCUGUUCCAGAAGUGAGGAACAGAGAGAGAGAUAAGCCACACUGGGAAGACAGCAGGCAUGAUGGUUCAGGACAGUCUUGGAACAAAAACUUUGGUUCAGGUUGGAUUCCAAAUCGAGGAAGAGGUCAGCGUGGCCGAGGUGGGCGUGGAAGAGGUGGUUUCACAUAUGGAGACCAGAGUGAAAAUCACUGGCAAAAUAGAAAACCUCUCUCAGGGAACUCAGAUUGUUCUGGGAAUGAAACGUCAAGGUUCCCAGAACAGCAGCCAUACAAACGUAAGAAUGAGCAAGAUUAUUCUUUUGAUACACCUGCUGACAGGUCUGGGUGGACAUCUGCAUCCAGCUGGGCUGUAAGAAAGACUUUACCUGCUGAUGUGCAGAAUUACUAUUCAAGAAGGGGACGCAAUUCAUCGAGCCCACAGCCUGGAUGGGGAAUGAGACAAGAAGAGGAGACACCCGAACAAGAUCCCAACCUCAAAGACCAAGGCAACCAGCAAAGUGAUGGUUCUCAGCUACCAAUAAACAUGAUGCAGCAACAAAUGAAUGUAAUGCCACAGGUGAACGCACAGCACCAGCCCAUGAAUAUCUUCCCGUAUCCCGUGGGUGUCCCUCCUCCCAUGAUGAGUAUGCAGCGGAAUCCUUUCAGCAUCCACCCACCAAUGCCCAUGCAUCUCCCUACCGGAGUGCCUCUCAUACAGGUAGCUGCUCCCACAAAUUUGUCUCAGGGAUUACCUCCGCCUCCACCUCCACCCCCACCAUCUCAACAAGUCAGCUACAUUGCUUCACAGCAAGAUGGAAAACAAUUGCAGGGUAUUCCAAAUGCUGCUCAUGUAAGUAAUACCAUGAAUGCUCCAGCCUUGCCUGCUCCAACAGCAGUCCUGGGAAAUGUGGGAACAGUUCAGGGACCAAGUUCGGGUAAUGCAACGUCAUCAAGUCACAUCAAGAGCUCUAAUGCAGCUGUAAAAUUGGGAGGAGAAAAAGCAAGUGUAACAGUGGAAGCUAGUGCAGAUAGCUCAAAGAAGGACCAG